CAAUAAAAGAAGGCGAAGCGGAAGCGGAAGCAGAAGAGUGUUGUCCGUGUGUUGUUCGGACAUGGACUACUCGUAUCAGCACCGGGCUCCGUCACAAACCCACGGUUUGUACACUAGCGGCUUCGUGGAGACCCCGUACCCCGACAACAGGCCGCCGACACAGUGGGCUCCCUCGCAGCCGGACCACGCUACUCCUCGGUGGACUACUACUUCACCGGCAUACGCUGGCCCCAAUGUGCCCGGACCGACUACCGGAGCCGGGGGCUUCGGAGGACAUACAUUGGCACUUCCGUAUGGAUUCGAUCCCUCCAUCCCACCGCCCACCUUCGGCUGUCCUCCGCCGAGACACUUCCUGAACACAUUCGGCGGCCCCCCGCAGCCGCUGUCCGACUCCGGUCACCACCGGCAGCAGGAAUACGAUGAUUUCCGGGAGGCGGGUGUGUUCGGCGACCGGCUGCUUCCUCCUCCUCCUCCUCCCCGGUGUCAGGACCACGACCCGAGGCCGGGGGCAUCACCGGCACGCCCCGAGGACGAAGCCGCCUUCCGGAGGCAGCAGGACGCACAGUGGCUCCGUCUCUUCCUACAGCGCCGGGUCAAGGUGUCCAAGGGCCCGCAGAGCCCGCAGCACCAGCGGCCGCGGCGCGUCGGGCUCCCGGGACUCAGAGAGGCUCUGUACGGUGCCGCGCAGCUCGUGUCCGCGCUGGAACAAUCCUGUCGCACUCUGACAGACAACGUGGAGAACGACUGCCUGUGGACACGCGACUAUCUGACCGUCCUGAGCAUCAAGAGCGAGCUCCAGGACAAAGUGCAGCGCCUCCGCGACGGACACGGUCUAAAGACGCUGCGGGAGCAGGUGAGUCGCGUCGGGAGGAGGAGGAGCCGGAGGCGGAGGACCGGCGACCUGCUGCGGCAGGAGGAGACGCACAGGCGGGAGGUCGCCUCCGAGAAAGAGGCGGCCAUCGACGCCUGGAGGAUGAAGCAGAUCCGUGACGUCGAGGAGAGGAAGAAGGAGCAGGAACUGAAGCUGGCCGCGGACCUGGUCCUCUCCGAGGUGAGGAAGAAACAGGCCGACCUGAAGCGGAUGCAGGACGUCCUGCGAUCGCUGGAGAAACUGCGCGGGCUGAGGAAAGAGGCGGCAGCCAGGAAAGGUAUCAACACCGAGCGGGAGUGCGACGAGGCGUUCAGCGACGGACUGGCGCGGCUGAGGGGUGUGAUGAAGAGGAGGACGGGGGUCUACUCUGCGGAGGAGAAUGCCCUGAUGGUGAUGCUGGAAGGGGAGCAGGAGGAGGAGAGGAGGAGAGAGCAGGAGAGGCGGGCGAAGAAGGAGAAGGACGCGCAGUCAAAGAGGAAGCUCCGAGUGGACGCCAUGCUGUUCGGAGAUGAUGGUCCUGUCCAUUCUGUCCUGCAGCCGUUCAGAGAACAUUACACCCAGGCUCAACGCUCACUGCACACGUUAAUACAAGUCAGGAGAGGGUGGGACAUGUUCACGGUCGCAGCAGAUCACCCCGAUGGCUCUCGGGUUCCUCAGAGCUGGAUUCUCCCAGAGCCUCCGUCGGACCAGGACUGGGCCUCUGCCCUGCACUCCGUCGACGCUGAGACCCACUGAAAAACAAAACUCUCGGCUGUCCAUCAAAAUGUGUGGAUAACUCCGUGGAGCUGAUCGAUAGUCGGAUCAUGAGGGUUGAUGCUGUGGUUUUCCUCAGAUGACAUCACCAACAUAAAAAACUUAACCCUCAUCGUGCGAACUUCCCGCAUUCACCGUUUUUUCCCCGUUUUUUGAGAUUUCUUUCGGGUACGAACAGAAUUGACAGAGUUGUCCCGACCUGUCGUAGGAGUCGCGUAAGAUCAUCUGCUGUUAAACAAAUAAAGUUUUUCUACUCUCAGGUUGUUUUUUCGUCACUGUGAAGCAAUUAUUAAGUAUAUGAAUGAAAUAAAAUGUAUAUAAAAAAUAUAGAUUUCACCUCA